AUGGCUCCUAUGGCAAUCAAUGGAACCUACACGGUUGGGUCCGAAAGGACCACUGCAGCUGGUCAUGACAACCACGCCCAUGGUGUUGAUGGCACAAGUCAUGCAGACGGCCAUGGUACAACCACCACAGCUGAGCCCUCGAACGGCCAUGCAUCGCACUUCGGGUCCUCUCCCAGCAGUGCAGUUGAUGAGACCAACAAGAUCAACCGCCCUCUCAACUCUCCCGCCGACCGCGAUGAUCAGCCGAUUGCCAUCUGCGGUAUGGCGUGUCGCCUGCCUGGUGGCCUGCACACGCCUCAGCAGUUGUGGGACUUUCUCCUCGCCAAAGGGGAUGCGCGAACUCGUGUUCCAGAGUCCCGUUACAACGUCGAUGCAUUCUAUGAUCCCUCGGGCAGACCUGGUACGGUCAAAACUGAGUAUGGCUACUUCCUCGACUACGACAUUAGCAAGAGUGAUGGAGCCUUCUCCAGCUUUGUUCGAGGAGCGACUGAAAGAGAGGACCCUCACCAGCGCCAGAUGAGUGAAGUAGCCAGAGAGUGUAUCGAAGAUGCUGGCGAGGCCAAUUAUCGCGGCAAACUCAUCGGAUGCUACGUCGGCAGCUUCGGAGAGGAUUGGUGUGAGAUGUUCGCCAAAGACACUCAGCAACACGGUCUCUACCGAGUUGCCGGCUACGGUGACUUCAUGCUUUCCAACAAUGUCGCCUACGAGAUGGACCUCAAAGGCCCAAGCAUGACCCUUCGAACCGGAUGUUCUGCUGCUCUCGUCGGCCUUCACGAGGCGGUCACUGCCAUACAGAGAGGUGAUUGCACCUCUGCCAUCGUUGGCGGUGUCAACCUCAUUCUGGCGCCUGGUAUGACGCAGGCAAUGACGGAGCAGGGCGUCCUCUCUGCAGAUGGCUCGUGUAAGACUUUCUCAUCGGAGGCAAAUGGCUACGCCCGUGGCGAGGCGGUCUGCGCCGUCUAUCUGAAGCCCCUGGACGCCGCGCUUAGAGAUGGAAACCCUGUACGUGCGGUCAUCAAGGGAACUGCCACAAACUUUGAUGGUCGAACCAACGGUAUCUCGCUUCCUAGCACUGAGGCUCACGAGGCUCUGAUGAGACAAGCUUACGCCCGAGCUGGUAUCACUGACUUUUCGGACACCACAUUCGUCGAGUGCCACGGCACUGGUACUCCUAUUGGUGACCCCAUCGAAGCGGGCGCUGUGGCUCGUGUUUUUGGCGGCUCACAGAAUGGCGUCUAUAUCGGCUCCGUCAAGCCUAAUCUUGGUCACUCCGAGGGAGCUUCUGGUCUGACCUCGCUCAUCAAGACAGUAAUGGCCCUCGAGAACCGAACGAUUCCUCCGAAUAUCAAGUUCACCCCGCUCAACCCCAAUAUCGCGUUCGAGGAACGCAACAUCAAGAUUGCUGCUGAGCCCCUUGCGUGGCCUGAAGAUGGCUACGAGCGAGCUAGUGUCAACUCUUUCGGAAUCGGAGGAACCAACGCUCAUGCUAUCCUCGAAUCAGCCAGGUCACAGGGAAUCGCUGCCACCAAGCCAUCGGUUGACAUCAGUGACCCCCAGUUGCUUCUGUUCUCCGCCAACUCCUCGGAAUCUCUGAAGAAGAUUACGGAAACGUAUCAAUCUUUCGUCCAAAACAACGCUGAGAAGCUCGACCAGAUCGCAUACACGCUGGCGAACGGAAGAGAACACCACUCCUACCGAAGCUUCGCAAUUGCUAGCAAAGGCGGCAGCAUUGCUCCUUCUGUUUCAUCUAGAGCACCGCAACAGGCUCCCAAGAUUGUGAUGGUCUUCACUGGUCAGGGAGCUCAGUGGCCUGCGAUGGGUAGCGAGCUUCUUCUGCAAGACAACUCCGUUUUCCGCUCGACUGUCCGCCGCCUCGAUGGUUACCUACAAGACGCUCUCGGUAGUUCAGAAUUCUCUAUUGAGAAAGAGCUUCUCAAGAGGGGCAAGAGGAGUCGCCUUGAUCUUGCCGAGGUUUCUCAGCCCCUCUGCACCGCGGUCCAGCUUGGCUUGGUCGACAGUCUCGCUUCGGUCGGCGUAAAGCCUGCCGCAGUUGUUGGUCACUCUAGUGGUGAGAUAGCUGCCGCCUAUGCUGCGGGUGCUCUGACGGCUCGAGAUGCUAUCAUCGUGGCUUUCUACCGCGGCUUCGUAGCGAAGCUUCAAAAGAAAGCGGGAGCCAUGGCAGCGAUUGGUCUCGGUUGGGACGAUGUCAAGCCCUACCUUGAGAAUACCACAGCUACUGUGGCAUGUGAGAACUCUCCCAGCAGUGUCACCAUCUCGGGCGACACAGAUGCUGUUGAGAUAGUUGUCAAGAAGAUCAAGGAGUCUCCACCGAACGGACAAGAAGUUCUUGCCCGGCUGCUGAAGGUAGACAAGGCCUACCACUCCCACCACAUGGCCGAGGUUGGCGAGCAGUACAUGGCGCUCUUGAGAGGUGUUCAAAACCAAAGCCCCAACAUAGAUUGCCUUUUCUACAGCAGUGUCGGCGGCGAUCUACUUGAGGAGGGUGAGACACUUGGUCCGCGAUACUGGCAGAGCAACCUCGAAAACCCCGUUCUCUUCGCUACGGCUGUCUCCAAGAUUCUCCAAAACAAGGACCUUGGCAAGCCAGCAUUCCUGGAAGUUGGUCCCCAUGCUGCUAUGGGCGGUCCUCUGCGCCAAAUCAUGGCAAAGAAUAAUGUUUCUCAUCCGUACAUCUCUUCCAUGAUGCGCAAUCAGGACUGCGUCGAAAGCUAUCUCUCCGCCAUCGGAAAGCUGCACCAACUCAACGUGGCCAUUGAUUUCAAGAAAUUGAUGCCAAGGGAAACGACACCGACCUAUCUCCCCGACCUGCCGAGGUACGCCUGGGAUCAUGAGGAGAGCUACUGGUAUGAAUCCCGGUUGUCCAAGGAGUGGCGUCACCGGAAGUUCCCAUACCAUGAGCUUUUGGGUGUGCGAAUUGCCGAAAGCACUGAUAUUGAACCUUCGUGGCGUAAUGUGUUUCAUCUCGAGCAUUCGGCAUGGAUCCGGGACCACGUUAUCGUCGAGGACAUCGUGUUCCCUUUCGCGGGCUACAUCGCCAUGGCUGCUGAAGCAGUACGACAGGUCACUGGCGUUGACGAUGGCUAUGCUCUCCGCCAUGUUGUUGUCAGCACUGCCCUGGUAGUCACUGAUGACAAGCCCGUUGAACUCAUUACGACUAUGCGUCCUCACCGUCUGACGGAUACCCUCGACGCACAGUGGUGGGAGUUCACCAUCUCGUCUCACAACGGCUCGGCCUGGACCAAGCAUUGCGUUGGGCAAGUCAAAGCUCUCGAGCGCAAUGGCCGCGACGUUGCUGGGGAGUUUCCCAACAUGGCACGGAGUGUGGGGUCUCGCAAGGCGUACAAUAUGAUGCAACAGGCUGGUCUUUGCUACGGGCCCAACUUCCAAGCUUUGCAAGACAUCAAGACGGGUACUGUUGACCCGACUGCGGCAGCGAAGGUUUACCGGCCCAAGUUCUGUGCCGAGACCCCCAGCAAAAUGGCGAGAUACCAUCUUCACCCGAUCCUCGUCGAUGCCUGUCUGCAGAUUCUCAGUCUAGCCGCCACCAAGGGGUACACCAAGAAGCAUGGCAUGGUGAUUCCUACUCUGAUUGAGGAGAUCAAGGUGUACCGAACCGAGACCGACAUCGAUAUCUCUUCUUCAGCUAGCGUUAAUGGCGUUGGCGCCAUCGUCGGGCGCGCUGAUUGUGUCGACUCUGCUGGCGAGACCGUUCUGCAGAUGAAAGGUGCCUGCCUGUCUCCUCUUCCUGGCCAAGAGACUUCCACGGAUGCCAAGGACACGCAUCCUACCGCCAGAUAUCAAUGGACUCCUCACAUCGAGUUUCAAGAUGAAGCCACUCUCGUCAAGCGUUCUGAGGCGGACGACAAACGUGCAGCUUACAUGACUGUUCUGGACGAGAUUACUUGGACCUGCUUGAACUACAUUCAAGCACAGCUUCAAGGCCUCCAAACUCCGGUUCCACAUUUGAAGUUGUACCUCGACUGGGUCAAUGAUCAGAUCUCAAGUGGUCCGCGGGCGGAGAGCGAGGACUUAUUGAAGGUCAUCACCGACAAGGCUCUCGCUUUGGAGAAUACCCCGGCUUCUGGUGUAGCUUCUGCCAUCGUCAAAGUAGCCAGCCGUAUCACCACCAUCUUCCAAGGUCAGGACAAUCCUCUGGGUCUGCUGAUUGAGGACAACAGCCUCAGUCACGUCAACUCACUACGGGACUUGGCUUUCGACUUUGCCCCUCUGGUCAGGCAGAUCUCACACAGCAAGCCCAAUUUGAAGAUCCUGGAACUCGGCGGUGACACGGGUGACCAUACUGCAGACAUUUUGAAGACUCUGGCGCUCGAAGAUGGACGCGUAAUGUACUCCAGCUACACAUUCAGCGACUCCUCGUCCGGCAUGGUGAACGCAGCCAAGGAGCAGUUCAAGCUCACGCCCAACAUGCAGUUCGCGACACUGGAUAUCAGCCGCGAUCUGGUGGAACAGAACUUCGGCGACGAGCAGUACGACGUCAUUAUUGCAACAAAUGUGCUGCACGCGUCGUCUGCCCUGACUGAUGCGCUUUCCAAUGUUCGCAAGUUGCUUCGCCCAAGCGGUCGUCUUCUUCUCACGGAACUGUUCUCCAGUUCGAAGUGGAUCAACCUGGUCUUGGGCGUCCUUCCAUGGUGGUGGAGCGCUCAGAAGGAUGGCCGAGUCAACGAGCCCUAUGCAGACACCGAACACUGGGAGUCCGCACUUAGAAAGGCUGGUCUUGGUACAUCAGCUAUUCUGUCUGACUCUGAGCAGGAGUCCCUGCGUCGUAACAACUUCAUGGUGGUGAAGCCCAUUGACGACAAGGGCAUCGAGGUCGCUGCGGCGGUCAACAACGUCACACUGUUGGAGAUCGCGAGAAGCGACAAAUCUGACCCGCUCACCUUGGCUCUUGAUGCUUCUGGGUACAAGGUCACUCGACGUAUUUUGGGAGAUGAGGUUCCUCCAGGUGAAGAUGUCAUUGCUGUUCUCGACCUGCACUCGCCUUCAAGUUUCUUCAACAACCUCGACCAGCAUCGAUACGACGCUUUCAAGAAGCUUGUGGACACACUUAACACGAGCGGAUCGCGGCUGCUCUGGGUCACUUCUUUGUGCCAAAUGGCUUGCGAAGACCCUUCAUACAGCCAGGUCCUCGGGACCGCUCGUACUCUGAGAUCCGAGCUGUCGGUUCGCUUCGCCACUUGCGAAGUUGACAACUUUGAAGCUUCUACAGGCCGUAUCGCAGAAGUCUUUGAGAAGUUCCAGAGUGACUGUGUCAAUGAGGACGAGGAACUUGAUCCCGACUAUGAGUACUCAAUCGUCGGCAAUGUCGUCCAUGUUGGACGUUUCGCGCCAUUCCCAUUGGAGGAUGAGCUCCUUGCAGCCGAUGACUCCGGUCGCGUGGUAUUGGAGACCAAGAAGCCGGGCAUUUUGGCUGCGCUCACUUGGGUUCGCCGAGAAGCUCAGAAACUCGAGCGUGAUCUAGUGGAAGUCCAGACGUAUUCCGCAGGUCUCAACUUCAGAGAUGUCCUCAGCGCCAAUGGUAUUGUUGAGAUUCCAGAAGAAGGGUUUGGGCUUGAAGCUGCAGGCAUCGUCUCCGCAAUUGGUCCUGAAGUCAAAGAUCUUCAAGUUGGAGAUCGCGUUUUCCUUUUCAGCCGCGGGUCUUUCUCAACCUCUGUCACUAUUCCCGAGAAUCUCUGCCAGAAGAUUCCGGAUGAUCUGUCUCUUGAAGAUGCUGCGACAAUGCCUUGUGUGUACGCCACCGCUAUGUACGCACUCUUCAACAUCGGACGACUUCAGCGUGGACAAUCUGUCCUCAUUCAUAGCGCCUGCGGUGGAGUCGGUAUCGCUGCCAUUCAGCUUGCACGCAUGGCUGGUGCCGACAUCUAUGUCACAGUCGGCAAUGACGAGAAGGUCAAGUACCUGACAGAGACUUUCGACAUGCCUCGAGACCGGAUCUUCAACUCCCGCGACACCUCCUUUGUUGAAGGAAUUAGCAAUGCCACCCAGGGCAAGGGAAUCGACGUUGUGCUUAACUCGCUCUCUGGCGAUCUUCUGCACGCUACAUGGCGAUGCGUUGCUGAGUUCGGUACGAUGGUAGAGAUCGGAAAGAGAGAUCUCCUUGGCUGUGGAAAGCUUGAUAUGGAUGUUUUCCUCGCCAAUAGGUCUUACUGCUGUGUUGAUCUCGAUCAGAUCUGCUUCAAGAGGCAAGCCCUCUGCAAGGAGCUUCUGAAGUCCGUCGUUGAGGCCUACGAGGCUGGCCACAUUCUCCCCAUUCGACCUAUUGAGAUUUUCAGUGCAUCCAAGAUUAGGGAGGCUUUCCGCUACAUGCAACAGGGCUUGCACAUGGGGAAAAUCGUCAUCUCCAUUCGCAACUCAUCCAAUGCCUCUCUCAACAUGGACACCAGCACUGUCACGAGGAGAACAUCUGCCAAACUCGACGAGUCAGCAUCGUAUCUCUUGGUGGGUGGUCUGGGAGGUCUCGGUCGCGCCGUUUCCCGCUGGAUGGUGGAGCACAACGCACGACACCUGGUGUACCUCUCUCGAAGUGCCGGCAGCAACGAUGAGGAUAAGCACUUCAUUCGGGAACUGGAAAGCAUGGGUGGAAAGGUUACCCUGGUCAAGGGCAGCGUCGUUUCCGCCGAGGAUGUUGAAAGAGCAGUCAGGCAUGCGCCGAAUCUGAAGGGCAUUCUGCAAAUGUCAAUGGUUUUGCGGGACCAGGCAUGGGAUAAGAUGACUCUUGAUGAGUGGACACAAGCAGCAUCACCGAAGGUCGAGGGAACUUGGAACCUGCACAACGCUACGGAGGGCAUUGACCUCGACUUUUUCGUUCUCUUCUCGUCAAUCUCCGGUGUCAUCGGUCAGCCAGGCCAAGCCAAUUAUGCCGCCGCCAACACCUUCCUGGAUGCGUUCGCUCAAUUCCGCUCAAGCAAGGGUCUUCCCGUGGUCUCUAUUGACGUUGGGGCAGUCGAUGAUAUCGGUGUCAUUUCCAACAACGAGAAUCUCCGGAGGGCCAUGCUCACAACUGGCGCCUACAUGAUCAAAGAAACGGAGCUUUUGGAAGCUGUCGGUGCAGCUAUGAUCAUGUGCCGAAGCUCAUCGAUAAACAGAAACUUCGUCCUUGGUCUGGCGUCCACGAUACCUCUGAACAGCCCCAACAACCGCGCCCUGUGGAAGAAAGACAUGCGGAUGGCGGCUUAUCGCAACAUCAGCGGCGACGGCGAUGGCGGAGCAGGUGCUGGCAGUGACACGAUGAAGGCACUUCUGGCGACGAUUCGGCACGACGAGGCGGCUCUCAAGGAUCCGGAUACCGCUAAAACUCUGGCACAUGAAAUUGGUCGCAAGUUAUUCAGUCUGGUCCUUCGUAGUGACGAUGAGAUUCAGACAUCAGCCUCGCUGGCUGACUUGGGCAUGGAUUCUUUGGUCGCUAUUGAGAUGAGGUCUUGGUGGAGAGCUACAUUCGGAUUCAACAUCAGCAUGUUGGAGCUUCUGGGCAUGGGCAAUUUGGAUGCUUUGGGCGAGCAUGCCGCUGAUGGCUUAUUGAAGGCGCUGAAGGGUGAGAUUUGA